UCCUUUUCCUCCACACUCGCCGACGCCGACACUGGAGUUGGGUUUGGAGCUGCGGGAAGCACCGCUACCCUUCGUGACAGCCACAGCGGUCGCUCGCCCAAACUUUUCCCCGGACUCUCGGUCUUGUCGGAGGGACGGAGAGGGCGCCUUUUCCGUGUUGUCCAUGCCUGGAAGAGGCGAAGGAAGACGACAGUCCUGGUGCCCCUGACUGCCCCUCAGGAUGAGUGAGGCAGAAAGUCAGUUCUACAGUGUUCAGGUGGGGGACUCCACCUUCACUGUGCUCACCCGCUACCAGCAGCUCCGUGCCAUCGGUUCCGGGGCCCAGGGCAUUGUUUGCUCUGCCCUAGAUACAGUCCUCGGCAUCCCGGUGGCGGUGAAAAAGCUGUGCCGGCCCUUCCAGAACCAGACACAUGCUAAACGUGCAUACAGGGAGCUUGUGCUGCUAAAAUGUGUCAACCACAAAAAUAUCAUCCGUCUGAUCAAUGUGUUCACGCCUCAGAAGUCACUGGAGGAAUUUCAGGAUCUGUAUCUGGUAAUGGAGCUGAUGGAUGCCAGCCUCUGCCAGGUGAUCCACAUGGAUUUGGACCACGAGAGAAUGUCUUACCUGCUCUACCAGAUCCUCUGUGGCAUCAGACACCUGCACUCUGCCGGCAUCAUCCACAGGGACUUGAAGCCCAGCAACAUUGUAGUGAAGUCAGAUUGCACCCUGAAGAUCUUGGACUUUGGCCUGGCUAGGACAGCAUGCACCAACUUUAUGAUGACCCCAUAUGUGGUAACCAGAUACUACCGAGCACCUGAAGUCAUUCUGGGGAUGAAGUAUAAGGAAAACGUGGACAUCUGGUCCGUGGGGUGCAUCAUGGGAGAGAUGGUAAAAGGCAGUGUUAUCUUCCAAGGCACUGACCACAUCGACCAGUGGAACAAAGUAAUUGAGGUUCUGGGCACACCCAGUCUGGAGUUUAUGAACCGUCUGAUGGAGACUGUGAGGAACUAUGUGAUGAACAAGCCACAAUAUCCAGGUGUCAGCUUUGCAGAGCUUUUUCCUGACUGGGCCUUUCCCUCGGAUUCAGAACACGACAAGUUGAAAACAGGUCAAGCACGGGACUUGCUGUCCAAAAUGCUUGUUAUCGACCCUGAGUGCCGCAUUUCCGUGGAGGAAGCUCUCAAUCAUCCCUACAUUCAUGUGUGGUAUGACCCUACUGAGGCUGAUGCGCCUCCCCCCCAGAUAUCUGAUAAGCAGCUAGAGGAGAGAGAGCACACCAUUGAGCAGUGGAAAGAGCUCAUUUAUGAGGAGGUGAUAGACUGGGAAGAAAGGAACAAGAAUGGCGUGAUGAAAGAGGACUGCUCUGAUGUGGUGUCCAGCUCAGCCUCGCAGUCGUCCUCGGCCAAUGACAUCUCGUCAAUGUCCACAGAGCACACGGUGGCCUCUGACACGGACAGCAGCAGCAUCGACACGCUCACAGGGCCGUUGGACGAGAUGGAUCUUCUUGAUCCCCUUCACCCCCAAAGCCAGUUUUGGACUGCUGCUUAGAGAUCAAAGGUUGUGCUACCUUUCUAACAUGGUGGAUGACGCAUGCAUUGAUUGACCAGGAGAACGUGUGUGUGUGGGGGGGGUGUGUGUGGUUUGUUCUAUAUAGUUGUAUUUUUAAUAGUUUUAUUUUUGUAGCAGAUGUUCAGUUGAAACAAGACGUUUACUGUCAUCAACUUUAUGAAGACGUGCACCAAAUAUAAACCACAGCUGCUUGCAUGCAUGUUGCGUCGAAAUGAACAAAAGCUUAACAUCGAUGUUUAUAUGGCCAUCAACUCAUCAUCAGGUUUGAUCAGUCGAUUCUCUAGCUGGCUUGCUAUCCCCUUUUGGUGCUCUGUGCACAGUGGUUUUAUUCAUUUGGCUUGACUUGUGGAGAAUAUCCGCACCUGACAGCAUGGCAAAGCUGUGGUGCAGCUGCAGUGUUUUAUUCCUUCAUAUAAUGUAAUGUACUGUAUGUACUGUAAAGAUGCUCUCACACACAUUGUGGUUGUAGACCCUGUCAUUGCAGAUAGUGUUUUCUUCACUAAAAAAAACUCUGUGCCUGUGGAAAUGUAUAUUAUUGCAAUUUUACAUAAGGUACUGUACUAAUUAAUAUCAGCGUGUACAUCAAACAAAAAUAUAUCCUGUAAAUGUGGGGGGAUGCAAAGAGAUACAUGUUUUUCCUGUUCUUGCAAAAUGUUGCACAAAUUGAGGCCUAUCUGAUCAUUUUACCUCUUGUCAAACAUUUAAUUUUAAUCGAGUACACACCAUAACAAAACCAUUCCAUAGCAUCAGCCAUGAGUCACGUAGAACAAAAAUACAACAACAAAAUAAGUAAUGUUGCAUGCAGAUGCAGUGGCAUUAUCAUAGAUUUUGUUACAAAGGAAUCUGUUCAGGUCCUUGCUUAAUGUUUUUGAUCCUGAGAGGUGUUUUUGUUUGCUUUUUGCCUUGGAUGCAUGCAUGCUCAAUGUCCACAGCGGCCUCCUCGUGUGGAAAGGCCAGGUUACUGAAGGAUGUUUCAACAACACGUGAGGAAGGAGGACGUGACUGUGGUGUAAAUUCUCAAACAUGGCACACCAAGGAGGGGAACCUUGGCAAUGGACUUUUUGCAGAAAUGGACUCACUGAGGACUAAAAGGCCACACUAUAUACUAUAUAUCCCCACCUUCACAGUCCUCAUUCAUGCCUUCAUUGAUCUGAGGAGGCUUCAGCUCACGUUGUCCACAAUAAUGUUUUGUAUUGAUCAUGGUUUCAGAAAUUUUCAAGUCUUCACGAUGCGAUUUUGUUCAGUUGCAGUUUCAUUUUCAGAAAUGUCUUGUACAAUUGCAUUGAUCACACUCAUUCAGGGGCCUGUUGUCAUGAGAAUUUAGUAGGGUUUUGUACAAAGCAAAAGUAAGUAGUAAAUAUGUGUUUUUUUAUUUAUAUAGAUAGAUAUGAGUAUAAUUUCAGUGCAGGAUGUCUAUGCAGUGUGUUGUGGCAACUCUGCUGGUGUUUUGUGUGAUUUCCUACUAAAUUCCCAUGAGAAUAUGUUGUGUUCAGCCAUAUGCAAUUCAUACAGUUGUCAGUAGUUUCUUUUAUUUCUGUAUUUUUAAGAUUGCUCAUAAAGAACUAACUGUGCAACAUGGAAGCCCUUCCCAAAGAGGAAAGGGAAUGUUCUGUCUAGAGAGAGAUAAAGUACUAU